UCACCGUGAGCAAUUGUUGUGUUGUCGCUGUGUUCUGUACUUCUACAAUAUUUCUUCUUUAUUAUCUUUAGUAUUGUAACACAACCACCACGAUGGCUGCUCCACCAGCUGCUCUCCUUAAUAAAAACAAGAAAAACUUCAUAGGCAUGCCAGCGCCGCUGGGAUAUGUAGCAGGUGUUGGCCGAGGAGCAACAGGAUUCACCACUCGUUCUGAUAUUGGUCCAGCACGUGAUGCCAACGAUGUCUCGGACGACCGACAUGCACCACCAAGUAAGCGAAAGAAAAAAGAUGAUGAUGAUGAUGAAGAUCUGAAUGAUGCCAAUUAUGAUGAGUUUAAUGGUUAUGGAGGAUCACUAUGUAGCAAAGAUCCCUAUGAUAAAGAUGAUGAAGAAGCUGAUGCCAUUUAUGAUGAAAUUGACAAACGAAUGGACGAGAAAAGGCGGGAAUAUCGUGAACAACGACUGAAGGCUGAACUUGAGAACUAUCGUCAGGAGCGCCCCAAGAUCCAGCAGAUGUUUACCGACCUUAAGCGAGAGCUAGCCAAUGUGUCAGAAAAUGAAUGGAGCACAAUUCCAGAAGUAGGCGAUGCAAGGAAUAGGAAGCAGCGUAACCCAAGAUCAGAGAAGUUUACACCCUUACCUGAUAGUGUUCUUUCACACAACCUUGGCGGGGAGAAUGUGACCACUAUAGAUCCUGGCUCUGGACUUGCUUCAAUGAUGCCUGGGACAUCAACCCCAGGAAUGCUGACCCCAAGUGGUGAUCUUGACCUACGUAAAAUUGGACAAGCACGUAACACCUUGAUGGGUAUGAGACUGAAUCAAGUGUCAGAUGCUGUGGGUGGUCAGACAGUGGUGGAUCCCAAAGGCUAUUUGACUGACCUCCAGAGUAUGAUCCCACAGUAUGGAGGGGAUAUAAAUGAUGUGAAGAAGGCAAGGUUACUUCUGAAGUCUGUUCGAGAAACAAAUCCAAAUCAUCCUCCUGCUUGGAUUGCAUCAGCACGUCUUGAGGAGGUGACGGGCAAAAUUCAGUCGGCUCGGAACCUUGUUAUGAAAGGUUGUGAGAUGUGUCCCAAGUCAGAAGAUGUGUGGCUUGAAGCAGCUCGACUUCAGCCUCCUGAUAUGGCUCGUGCUGUGAUUGCGCAAGCUGUUCAGACACUCCCUCAUUCACCAAGAAUAUGGAUCAAGGCUGCUGAUCUAGAGUUAGAGUUAAAGGCAAAGAAACGAGUAUAUCGUAAGGCCCUGGAACAGAUCCCUAACUCUGAGCUUUUGUGGAAACUAGCUGUUGAACUGGAAGAGGAAGAAGAUGCUAAGAUUCUUCUAAGUCGAGCUGUUGAAUGCUGUCCCACAUCAGUAGAUCUGUGGUUGGCCUUGGCACGAUUAGAAGUAUAUGAAAAUGCCAGAAAAGUUCUUAACAAAGCACGUGAAAAUAACCCAAAAGAUCGUCAAAUUUGGAUCACUGCAGCUAAACUAGAGGAAGCCAAUGGUAACAAUGCUUUGGUUGGCAAGAUUAUAGAACGAGCUAUUUCGACACUACAAGCUAACAUGGUUGAUAUUAAUCGGGACUUCUGGAUCAAGGAUGCCAUGGAAGCAGAGCAUGCAGGAGCUGUUCUGACUUGUCAGUCCAUUAUCAAAAAUAUAGUUGGUUAUGGAGUUGAAGAUGAAGACAGGAAGCAUGCAUGGAUGGAAGAUGCAGACAGCUGUGCCACUCAGGGUGCCUUUGAAUGUGCACGUGCCAUCUAUAGUCAUGCUCUCUCGGUGUACCCCAAGAAAAAAUCUGUUUGGCUGGCUGCUGCACACUUUGAGCGUAGUCAUGGAACUAGGGAAUCUUUAGAAACUUUACUGCAGCAGGCAGUGACACACUGCCCACAGGAGGAAACACUCUGGCUUAUGGGUGCUAAAUCCAAGUGGCUUGCUGAGGAUGUUCCAGCAGCUCGGUCAAUCCUUGCAUUAGCCUUUAAAGCCAAUCCAAACUCUGAAGAGAUUUGGUUAGCUGCCGUCAAACUGGAAUCUGAGAAUAACGAGUAUGAGCGAGCUAGGCGUUUGCUUUCAAAAGCUCGUUCUCAAGCAGCCACUGCCAAGGUCAUGAUGAAGUCUGCUCACUUGGAGUGGGCACUGGGUAAUUUGGAUUUAGCCAAAACUUUACUUGAUGAAGGUAUCAAAGAAGUGGGUGACUUUGCUAAACUGUGGAUGAUGAAAGGACUGAUCUUAGAACAGCAGGGUCAAAAAGAUGCUGCAUGGGAAGUAUAUAGGGAUGCUGUUAAACGAUGUCAAUCAUCUAUUCCUCUGUGGAGGUUAUUGGCAUCUUUGGAGGAACGGCAAGGAAGACUAGUUACUGCAAGAGCUACUCUGGAGAAGUCAAGAGUUAGAAAUCCAAUGAAUGAUGAACUGUGGUUGAUGGCAAUUCGUCUCGAACUUAGAGCAGGUCAACGUGAGGUGAGUCGAUCACUGAUGGCACGUGCACUUCAGGAAUGCCCUACUUCUGGCAUCCUGUGGGCACAAGCAAUCUUCCUAGAGGAUCCAGCACAGAGAAAGAGCCGAAGUGUAGAUGCCCUUAAACGUUGCCAGGAUGAUGCACACGUUGUGCUAGCUGUUGCAAAAAUGUUUUGGAUGGAGGGCAAAAAGAACAAGGCCCGGGAGUGGUUUAAUAAGACUGUCAAAAUUGAUCCAGAUCUGGGUGAUGCUUGGGCUUGGUAUUACAAAAUGGAAAUAUUAUUUGGCUCAGAAGACCAACAGCUGGAAGUAAAGAAACGGUGUAUUGCAGCUGACCCACACCACGGUGAGCAUUGGUGUACACUUUCUAAACUUAUUCAUAACUGGAGAAAGAAGACCCCAGAAAUUCUUCAACUUGUUGCAGACAAACUACCUAUUCCUGUUAUGAACAGAGAAGUUUACUAGGGUGACAAUUAGUGUAUAUUAUAUCUAGUAUUAAUAGUAUUUAAUUUAUAUUACAAUCAUGUACAGUGGAGUCUUUAUAAUUUGCGUAUUAGGUACCAGAAAACAACAUGAAUUUUCAAAUCGCUAAUUAUAUUUUAAUUACUUUAAAUUUAUAUUAAUUUGUUUGAUUCCAUAGGCCAAGAAAUACUCAAACUAUUCCAAAACUGCUUUUAAUAAACACUAAUCAUCAUACAUAAUAAAUAAAAAAUUACAGUAACUCAUAGAUAUUGUACAAAAACAUUUGUUCUAUAUUAAAUAAACAGCUCCUUUUCUUUUCAUAAUUUUAUGUGGGUUAUGCCAGUACACCAACAUGGAGACAGGCAGGUGCUAGGCUGGCUGUGACCACACUAUAUGUACAGUACUUCCGAAGCAAGUACAGAUAACCAGGGCGGGUCACUCACCAUGCUGCCACAACAAUGUCGACAAAGAACCAAGAAUUUAGUAGUACCACAAAUAACCCGACUUUUUUGGGGGGGGGUUUAUUAACCUGGUACCAAAUAAAAGUAAAUAAUAUGGGAAUUAUUGUGAAAUUGCAGUGUUAUAUUAAUGAGGUCAGAUAUUCACCAUUUGGGACUACCGGGUAUGUGUAUGGGAGUGUUUAGUCCACCAGCCAACUGUCCUGCCUCCCACAAACAAUUCACUUACUACUUUUCAUUUGUCUUAUUUUAUAGUUUUUUUUAUACAGUAUUAUAUUUUCUUUAUUUCUUAUAUUGCUACAACCUUUAUGGUUUCUUAUGUAAACAAACACUGUGGCACUCGGCUGUAAAUUUGAAUAUAGUGGUCCCUCAGUUGACGAGCACAAUCCGUUCUAGAAGGUUGCUCAUUAACCAAAAAACACGUUAACCGAAACCACUGUUUCAAUGGGUUUUUGGGUAAUUGGUUCCAGCUCACC